AUGAUCUCUGGGCUCCGUCCCGUACCGGGACGCCUUUCUGGGAGACGCCUUGUUUUCGGUCUGCGUGUCCAGCGCUGCGAGCUUCAUUAUGAUGGGCGAACUCGUGUGUCCAACUUCUGGAUCCCCACUGGCGGCAUUUCUAAAAAGCCCGUCGAUGGAGAGAAGGAGGAUGCCAAUGAUCUUUUGAUCAGAGGAGGAUUUCUCCGUCAGGCAUAUUCUGGGAUUUUUCAUCUACUGCCACUGGGUCUGAGGGUCCAGGACAAACUAGAGAGUCUCAUCGACAAACACAUGCGUUCCUUGGGCGCCUCGAAAGUUUCUCUAUCAUCAAUAUCUUCCCAGGAGCUUUGGGAACAAUCCGGUCGAUUGACAGAAGGCUCCGAAGUAUUUCGAUUCCAUGAUCGGAAAGACACUCGAUUUCUUCUUGCUCCGACGCAUGAGGAAGAAAUCACUACGCUAGUAGGCAACCUGACGACAUCGUACAAGAGUCUUCCUUUACGAGUGUACCAAAUAUGUCAGAAAAACAUCCACUCCCACCCUCUAAUGCCGCCUACUGACUUUAUCAAAGCAAGAAAGUACCGUGACGAGGCCCGGCCGAGACAAGGUCUUCUCCGUGGACGAGAAUUUGUCAUGAAGGACCUGUACACAUUCGACUACAGCGUGGAUGAGGCCCUCAAAACGUACCGGGCUGUGAAACAUGCCUACACCCAAUUGUUUGACGAAUUAAAGAUCCCUUAUCUCGUGGCAGCCGCGGACUCUGGAAAUAUGGGAGGGAGCCUUAGCCACGAAUUCCACUUCAUCAGCACCAAGGGCGAAGACCACGUCGUCAGCUGCUCAAACUGUGACCAUGUAUACAACGAGGAGCUCGCAGACGGGAAGGCUCACAGCUUCCAUGAAGAACCAGGCCAGGGCGCUAUUCCUGGCUUUCAGACCGGAGAUGCGCCUGUUGAAGGGGGUUCAACAGUCUCCACGGGUAUGUGGAUGGCCAUUUCACAUGACGGAAGCACUCUUCUCCGGGGCUGGUUCCCCAAGUUCGCGAUGCAGGACGGCUCCGCGGAGCCGGAGGAACGUCACGUUAAUUCUCAUGCUGUCAAGGCUAUUGCCACCGCAGCUGGUGUUGACAUCGACCUCAGUGUGGAGAAACCGCUCGAGAAAUGGAUUUCACAUGUCCAAUCUUGCACAUCGUCUGAGAAGCCGCGUGUUCUGGACCUUUAUGAUGCGCAAGUGCGGGUUUACCAGCGCCCACCGCUUAGUGACCUCCUCCAGGAAGCUGGCUGUACCGCUGCGGACAUUGAGUACACUAUGCUGGACCGUUUCCCGGGUACUUCGAACAAGCUCAACCUCGUUCGGGUCCAUGACGGAGAUCGAUGCUCGAAGUGUUCAGAGGGCCUCUUGACAAGCAAUCCUGCGGUCGAGCUCGGCCACACUUUCCACUUGGGCACGCGUUACAGUGAAGUGCUCAAUGCCUCUGUGUCUGUUAACUCAGCAGUCCUCGACGGAUCCGCCGAAUCGGGUGGCAAGUCUACCAAGGAGCAGAUUGUCCCAAUGCAGAUGGGCUGCCACGGUAUCGGCGUCUCCCGCAUGAUCUCAGCUGUUGUUAGCCGACUGGCAGAUAGCAAAGGGCUGAACUGGCCUCGUGCUAUUGCUCCCUUUGAGGCUGUCGUGGUCUCGGGCAAGGGACUGGACUCGGUGGCCGAGCAAGUCUAUGACAGACUCACUUUGACCGCGUCCGCCCCCGUGGACACCCUACUUGAUGACCGCGAUAAGGGCAUGGGCUGGAAGCUGGGCGAUGCCGACCUAAUCGGCUACCCAGUGAUUGUGGUCGUUGGUAAUGGCUGGAAGAAGAACCAAACCCUGGAAGUGCAGUGCCACCGCCUGGGUGUCAAAGAGGCAGUCUCUCUCGAUGAACUUCCUACCUUUGUUAAGAAGCUGCUCUCACAGCUGUAA